CUUGGCCUCUAAGCCAUGUCUCCAGCCCCAGCUUUUUCAUUUUUUAAGACAGGAUCUAGUCUGGCCUCAAAUUUACUAUACAACCAUGAAUACCCUUGAACUUCUGAUUUCUCAUGACCUUCAAGUCGCUGAAAAGUAACCUAGGCAACUGUUAUCAUAUUCCACAUGAGGGAACUAAUAAUCUAGUUUAUCUAGUAGGAAAUAGAAAUGUAUUAAAGUCCAAAGUUACUCAUUUUAAAGUCAACUAAGAACUAUCAAAGCAAGAGGGCUUAUUUAGGCUUUUACUCAGUAAUACUUCUACAUGGUAAUUGAACUUUUGUUUGUUUACUUAUUAUUUUAUUUUUUCUAAGACAAAAUUUCAUGAUGUAACCACACUUCAGGAUGGCCUAGACUUUCAGCUCCUGUGGGUCUGCACCAUGGAAUGCUGAGAUUAUGUAGGCAUGAGCCACUGAAACUUUUAUAUAAUUACUUAUUAAGUAGGUAAUCUCUUUAUGUGGUACAGAUUUAAAUAUUACAAAUUACAUAAGUAAAAGCCUAGACUCAAAAGUUCUCAGACUGGCUGUGUGGCUUUAGGCUCCAUUGCCAGCUGCUACGCCUUUGCCUGCAGUCAGUGGUGAGGCUCAGUUAGUCCAGCACUGCUACCUUAGGGUUUCCCAUCCAUGCAGAUAAGCUUAAAGCCUUGACUACAUCCCAAAGAUAACUUCAGAAGGAGCCAGAGGGAAGAAAAGUUAGUGACUUUAUUGAGUAUUUAGAUGAGUGGUUAGGAAAAGCACAUUAUACACUCCCAAGACGUAGUUGUGGUUAUGGGCUUCUUAGGUAUCUUUACCAUGGCCAUAUAUAUGAUUCUGUAUCUCAACAGAGCCAGGCUGGCUUUGAAUGCUCUGAGUAGUCAAGGACGAUCUUGAGCUGAUCUUCCAGCCUCCACUUAGGGGUUUGUGAAUGUUAGGUGAACACUACCAAGUAAGUUACAUUCCCAGUCCAGCUCUCCAGCUUUUCAGUGACAUGAGAAAGAAAUGCCUUUAAUCUCAGAGUUUUGGAGGUAGAAGCAGAAAUUUAAAGUCAUCCUUAGCUACCCAGGGGAGUUCUAGGCCAGUUGGGACCUGAGAUCCUUUAAAAAAAAAUAUCAAACAACAAAAAAAUUUUUUAAAGAAAGGAUGGAGGUGAUAAGGUUUCUCAACAGCUGAAGAUACCUGCAACCCAGCCUGAUGGCCUGAGUUUGAUCCCUGAGACCCACCUGGCCAAAGGAGAUAAACAACUCCUACAAGUUGUCCCUUGAUGUUCACAUUUGAGGACACAUAGUGUUGUUUGACGUGUUAAGUGGUGGAUGCACACUGUACCUGUGAAUUGGAGAGUAGUCUCAACUGUUCAGGCUGAGCAUAAAGGAGGGCCCUGUUGCCUGGAGGAAGCAGUCUUGGGAACCAUGCAAACCCAGAGGGACCACUCUUCCCUGCGACGGGCACUAUCAUUGAUGCUGCUGCUGUUGCCCUUAGCCAUCUCUAAGACCUUCCGCUACAGAGAGGCUGUGCUCCGUGCGGUGGAUAACUUCAACCAGCAGUCAUCGGACCCCAAUCUCUACCGCUUUCUGGACAUGGAUUCUCAGCCCCCAGGGGAUGAAGACUCAGAUUCCCCAAUGUAUGUGAACUUCAGAAUCAAGGAGACAGUGUGUGAAAAGACAACAUAUCAAAUACCGGAGCAAUGUAACUUCAGGGACCAUGGGGUAGUGAAGCGGUGUGUGGGGACAAUCACCCGGAGCCAGGACACAGAGUCUUUUGACAUCGACUGUCAAGGGCCUGGGACACAACCCCAGCCAGUCAAGAAAGGUUCCCAGAUUGCUGGACUCCUCCAAAAAGGUGGGCUGAAGAUUGGUGAAAAGCUUAAGAAAAUUGGCCAGAAAAUUGAGGAUAUUUUUCAGAAAAUUGUACCUAAGGCAGAGAGUUAGGCCUGCCUUGGCUUGUUUCUGGAUUCCAAAAAUAAUAAAUUUGA